AUGGCCUCUCCCUACCCUUUCAAUACCACUACUAUCACUAAUAAUAAUAACGAGAUGAGUCCCGAAGAAAUACCCUUAGAACCAAGUCCUCCAUUAAGCAGAAGACCUUCUUCAAUCUUUUCCAUCGAUACUACUCCAUUGGCUCCUCCGAAUGAUACCGAUAUUCAAAAAUUUACUAGUGACGAUUAUCAUUUUAACAUGAUAAGAAAUCUCCAUUUAGCAGACUAUAUCACCAUGUUAAAUGGAUUUUCAGGGUUUUAUUCCAUAAUAAGUUGCUUAAGAUUUACUCUAACUGAUAAACCACAUUACGUUCAAAGAGCUCAUUUCUUUAUAUUUUUAGGUAUGUGUUUUGAUUUCCUUGAUGGGAGAGUAGCAAGAUUAAGAAAUAGAUCUUCUCUAAUGGGUCAAGAAUUAGAUUCAUUAGCUGAUUUAGUAUCAUUCGGUGUAGCUCCCGCUUCUGUGGCAUUCGCUAUUGGAUUUAGAACUACCAUUGAUGUCGUUAUCUUAUCUUUCUUUGUUCUUUGUGGAUUAACAAGAUUAGCAAGAUUUAAUGUCACUGUUAAUCAAUUACCAAAAGAUACUACUGGGAAAUCCAAAUAUUUUGAAGGCUUACCGAUUCCAACUAGUUUAUUAUUGGUCCUUGGAAUGGCUUUAAUGGUUCAUUAUGAUCAUAUUUUGGACAAUAUUCCAUUAGGUUUAAUAAGAGAUGGGAAAGUUUUCGAAUUCCACCCAAUUAUAUUAUUAUUCUUUAUUCAUGGAUGUGGGUUAAUUUCCAAGAGUUUGAAAAUUCCGAAAUUAUAA